ACUAAGAAAAAUGUCAUAUCUUUGUGAGCAGUUUAUUUGUAGGUUAUGUUGUUGUUUUCUUUUUACUUUUGUUAGUAUUUUUUUUUAAAUAUUGGAUUAAUAAACUAAAAUAUUACCAUUAUGACCUAUAUUUAAUUAAGGUAUUUGAAUUAUACGAAAAAAAAUAAAAACAAUUUACUAUGUUGUUAUCUUGGGGUGCUAACUCUCAUGGCCAACUUGGUCAGGGGAUAGUUAAUGAACAAGUUGAAAAACCAACCGAAAUUGAAAUAGACCCACUACAUUGUGACAAAAUUAGACAGAUAGCAUGUGGCGGAGGUCACACUUUACUGCUUGAUGCUGAAGGGAAGUUGUACACUUGUGGCUGGAAUAACAAAAGACAACUGGGCAAGGAUGAUGAAACAUACAAGUUUGAAAGAGUAUGGCAACUGAGUGGCAUAUCUUUUACAAACAUUGCAUGUGGUUGGGAUUUCAGCUGUGGUGUAACAGACAGUAACUUCCUAUUUGUUUGGGGCUCAAACAGCAAUGGGCAACUAGGUUUACCUAAAGACCAUUUUCCUGAAUUUGUAAAACCUGUAAGAUUGCAAGUCAACGCAUGUGAUGUUUCCAUGGGCCUUAGGCAUACAGCCAUUGUCAACUCAAGAGGUGAAGUGUGGGUGACAGGGUGUGGGAAACAUGGCCAGCUAGGUUUAGGAAAUGAAAGGUUGUCUUCCGACAGAUUCAAACAAGUACUGAAAGUUGGUAAAGUGUCACAUUUAGCUUGUGGACAAAACCAUACAGUGACAUGGUCCUCAGAAGAGAAAGCUCUGUAUGUGUGGGGUGACAACAAGCAUGGACAAUUGUUAUUAAGCACAGAGAAGUACAAAAAAAUAUUCACUCCUCAAAAGAUUGAUAUAGAUGUUAAAAAAGAAGUUAAUAAGUUGCUGAGUGGAUGGACCAAUGUACUUUUAUGGUUAAAAAAUGGUACCUUGUACACUUGGGGUCGGAAUAACUAUGGACAGCUUGGUACUGAAGAUGCUUUUACAGGAAAAAUAAUACAGAUAAGGCUUCCUGAUGGUAGACAAGUCAAGGAUAUUGCUCUGGGAUCGGAACAUACGGUGUGUAUAGCAACAGAUAAUACUCUAUGGGCGUGGGGGUGGAAUGAGCAUGCUAACACUGGGACUGGUGGUGGGGACAGUGUGAAUAUACCCACACUAGUGCCAUUAGAUUUAGGAACAAAUAAAAUAUCAAAAGUUUAUGCAGGAGGAGCUCAGAACUUUGUUGCUGUAGAAUUCUACUCUAUUGAACCUGAAAUUGAACAAAGUAAUGUUAAAGAAAAUAUAGAAUGUGUAGAAUGAUAACAUAAUAAUGCCGCCCAAAUUUGGUGAUGGUUUGGACUUUGCUGAUUUUAAUAGAUCCAUUUUGUAAAAAAAAAUUGUAAUUUUAUCUCAAAUAAGUAUAUCAAAAUUAAUAACUGAAUUUUAAUUUUUAAAGUUGUAUUAAUCUAGUCUUCAUUGUGAUACAGAAUUAUCUUAUAAAAAAAACAAUGAAAGCAUUGGUACUCCUACUAACCUACUUAAGGUACUUCAAAAGGAAAAACAGAGUCUUUAUAAAAUCCAAAAACUUGUGUGUCUAUCUGCUAAACCAAUUGAGUUGAAAUGUAGUACAGUAUUUUGUUGUAAUAAUAUACUCUGUAUUUAUACGUCCAUGACUCAGUAAUAAAACUGUUGAAUAUCUUUUUGUUUUUAAUAAUUAUUGCUGAAGUUGUUGAUUUAUUUAUUAUGUGAUUUAAUUGUUACACAUUACAAUAAAACCAAUUUACACAUUUUAAAAA